CGGGCUGAGGCACCUGUGUGGCGGCGGAUGCGCUGGUGGGCCUAUGUCUUCGGAGGGUGGGGGUCACCAAAUUAUUUUUUUUUCUUUUUAUUCCUUCAAAAAGAAAGAAAUGUAAACAUCGAGUCUUUAGAUGGAUUUUAAAAUUGAACACACUUGGGAUGGGUUUCCAGUGAAGCAUGAGCCAGUGUUUGUCAGGCUGAAUCCAGGUGACAGAGGAGUGAUGAUGGAAGUCAGUGCUCCAUUUUUCAAUGAUCCUCCAUCCCCACUAGGAGAACCAGGAAAACCUUUCAAUCUAUUGUGGGAUUAUGAAGUUGUGGAGGCGUUUUUCUUGAAUGACAUAACUGAACAGUAUUUAGAAGUGGAACUUUGUCCCCAUGGACAGCAUUUGGUGCUUUUACUUUCUGGAAGAAGAAAUGUGUGGAAACAAGGACUUGAUCUAUCAUUCAAAGUGUCUAGAGGAGAAGCAAAAUGGGAAGGCAGUGCUUUUAUUCCUUGGAGUUAUUUUCCACCAAAUGUGACAAAAUUCAAUUUAUUUGCAAUUCAUGGAUCGAAAGAUGAAAGAAGCUAUGAAGCUCUUUACCCUGUACCUCAACAUGAGCUGCAGCAAGGACAAAAACCUGAUUUCCAUCGUCUGGAAUACUUCAAGUCUUUCAGUUUUAACACACUGCUUGGAGAAAAGUGGAACCAGCCAGAAUCAGACCUGUGGCUGAUAGAGAAACCUGAUGUGUAGGAGUUUAGUAGAUGACUGUAUCAAUCAUUUCUUCUCUAUACCCUUUAAUGUAAACCAAUAAUAAUCUCUUUCAAGAUAGCAUGAACACAUUUCAACAAUAAAUAUUUUAUGGAGGUCAGUGAACAUAGAGUAUUUCUGUGGUAAAUUGUGUAUGAAUUAACAGGAAAGUAGAAAAUUCAGAUAUGAUUUUAAUUGUAAAGUGAAAAUCUUUCUCAGUCACUUUGUCCAGGAGCCAUCAUGUCAAGGUUCUACCAUCUGCCUUGCAUCACCAUCACCCCCAAAUAUCCCUGACUCAGUCAGCCCAAAUCAUCAUUUCUCUUCCCACUUCCCUAAAUCUCAGCCAGCUUGUAACUGAACAUCUUAUUUGCACAUUUUUGAACUCCAUUGUAAUAUAAAUUAUUGGACUUCCCCGGUGGUAUAAUGGUUAAGAAUUUGCCUGCCAAUGCAGGGGUCAUGGGUUCAGUCCCUGGUUGGGGAAGAUUCCACAUGCUGUGGGGCAGCUAAGCCUGUGCACCACAACUACUGAAGCCUGUACCCCCUAGAACCUGUGCUCCACAACCAGAGAAGCCACCACAAUGAGAAGCACUCACCACUAGAGAAAACCUGUGUCAGCACUGAAGACCCAGCACAGCUCAAAUAAAUAAAUUUUUUUAAAUUGGCACUUUCUUUUGAAAAAAUUUAUAUAAUAAUUCUUUACUCAGACUCCUCUGUUCAUACUUGAAAUGAAUAGAAAACAGUGGUAUAUUUCAUUUGAACAGGAUGUACACAUCUGUUAAGGCAUUAUUAAAAUACAUGUGCUAUUUAAUCAGUGUUCUUUUCCUGUCUUAUGAUUACUUUUCUUCUGUAGAAGAAAAUAGAAUGCAGUUGUCUUGAAUUCCGGUAACAGAUUCUGCUUUUAUUUGCAAAAUAAAUGACGUUUUCUUCAUGCUGUUAAA